AUGGUGAAUAGGAACAAUGUGACAGAGUUUGUUCUACUGGGGCUCACAGAGAAUCCAAAGAUGCAGAAAAUCAUAUUUGUUGUGUUUUUGGUCAUCUACAUCGUCUCUGUAGUAGCAAAUGUGUUCACCGUGGUCACUAUCACUACCAGCCCAUUACUGAAGUCCCCCAUGUACUUUUUCCUUGCCAAUCUCUCCUUCAUUGAUGCCUGCUAUUCUUCUGUCAAUAACCCUAAACUGAUCAUAGAUUCACUCCGUGAAAAGAAGACCACCACAUUCAAUGCAUGUAUAACCCAAAUCUUUGGGGAACAUUUCCUUGGAGGUGCUGAUGUCAUCCUGCUCACUGUGAUGGCCUAUGACCGCUAUGUGGCCAUCUGCAAGCCAUUGUACUACACGAACAUCAUGAAUCGGAGGGUGUGUGGCCUGCUAAUGGGAGUGGCGUGGGUUGGAGGCUUUCUUCAUGGAGCCAUACAGAUCCUCUUUAUCAUUCCUUUACCCUUCUGUGGCCCUAAUGUCAUAGAUCACUUUUUGUGUGAUCUGAACCCUUUGCUCAAUCUUGCCUGCACUGAUACACACACUCUAGGGCUCUUCGUUGCUGCCAACAGUGGUUUCAUUUGUGUCUUACUCUUCCUCCUCUUGAUCAUCUCCUAUGCGGUCAUCCUGCACUCCCUAAGGAACCAUAGCUCGGAGGCAAGGCGCAAAGCCCUUUCCACCUGUGUCUCCCACAUCACAGUGGUUGUCCUAUUCUUUGUGCCCUGCAUAUUUGUGUACUUGAGACCUGUGACUACUUUAUCUAUUGAUAAGGCAGUUGCAGUGUUCUACACCAUGAUAACGCCCAUGUUAAAUCCUUUAAUCUAUGCCUUAAGAAAUGAGCAAAUGAAAAAUGCCAUCAGGAAAUUGUGUAGUAGAAAAGUUAUUUCAGGUAAGAAAUAA